UGUGCGAGUGUGAGUGCGCCUGGCGGGCGGGCACUGCAGCUUCUUCCUCGGUGGAGCGGAGAUCUAGAGAGAGAGCAAGAGAGCGGAGAAGGCGGGCAGAGGGGCGCGGGCGAGGCGGCGCAGCCAUCCCGGGGCCCGGCCGCGGCUCUGCCACCAUGCUAAACAACCUGACGGACUGCGAGGACGGCGAUGGGGGAGCCAACCCCGGUGAUGGCAACCCCAAGGAGAGCAGUCCCUUCAUCAACAGCACCGACACAGAGAAGGGAAAGGAGUAUGAUGGCAAGAACAUGGCCCUGUUUGAGGAGGAGAUGGACACCAGCCCCAUGGUGUCCUCCCUGCUCAGUGGCCUGGCCAACUACACCAACCUGCCUCAGGGAAGUAGGGAGCAUGAAGAGGCAGAAAACAAUGAGGGUGGAAAAAAGAAGCCGGUGCAGGCCCCACGCAUGGGCACCUUCAUGGGCGUGUACCUCCCGUGCCUGCAGAACAUCUUUGGUGUCAUCCUCUUCCUGCGGCUCACUUGGGUAGUGGGCAUUGCAGGCAUCAUGGAGUCUUUCUGCAUGGUCUUCAUUUGCUGCUCCUGUACGAUGCUCACGGCCAUCUCUAUGAGUGCAAUUGCAACCAAUGGUGUCGUACCUGCUGGCGGCUCCUACUACAUGAUUUCCAGGUCUCUGGGCCCAGAGUUUGGGGGCGCCGUGGGCCUCUGCUUCUACCUGGGCACUACCUUUGCUGGGGCCAUGUACAUCCUGGGCACCAUCGAAAUCCUGCUGGCUUACCUCUUCCCAGCUAUGGCCAUUUUUAAGGCAGAAGAUGCCAGCGGGGAGGCAGCAGCCAUGUUGAACAAUAUGCGUGUGUACGGCACCUGUGUACUCACCUGCAUGGCCACUGUGGUAUUUGUGGGCGUCAAGUAUGUCAACAAGUUUGCUCUUGUCUUCCUGGGUUGUGUCAUCCUCUCCAUCCUGGCCAUCUAUGCCGGGGUCAUCAAGUCUGCCUUUGACCCACCCAACUUCCCGAUCUGCCUCCUGGGGAACCGCACACUGUCUCGCCAUGGCUUUGAUGUCUGUGCCAAGCUAGCCUGGGAAGGAAAUGAGACGGUGACCACACAGCUCUGGGGCCUUUUCUGUUCCUCUCGCUUUCUCAAUGCCACCUGUGAUGAGUACUUCACCCAAAACAACGUCACAGAGAUCCAGGGCAUCCCUGGCGCUGCCAGUGGCCUCAUCAAAGAGAACCUCUGGAGCUCCUACCUGAGCAAGGGCGUGAUCGUGGAGAGGCGUGGGAUGUCCUCCAUGGACCUGGCUGAUGGCGCCCCUGUCGACAUGGACCUUCCCUAUGUCUUCAGUGAUAUGACCUCCUACUUCACUCUGCUGGUUGGCAUCUACUUCCCCUCAGUCACAGGGAUCAUGGCCGGUUCUAACCGCUCCGGGGACCUGCGGGAUGCCCAGAAGUCAAUUCCCACUGGCACCAUCUUGGCCAUUGCCACCACCUCUGCUGUCUAUAUCAGCUCCGUCAUUCUGUUUGGGGCCUGCAUUGAGGGGGUCGUCCUGCGGGACAAGUUUGGCGAAGCUGUGAAUGGCAACCUGGUGGUAGGCACGCUGGCCUGGCCGUCCCCCUGGGUUAUUGUCAUCGGAUCCUUCUUCUCCACCUGUGGGGCUGGGCUGCAGAGCCUCACAGGGGCCCCACGCCUGCUGCAAGCCAUCUCCCGGGAUGGCAUAGUACCCUUCCUGCAGGUCUUUGGCCACGGCAAAGCCAACGGAGAGCCAACAUGGGCCUUGCUCCUGACCGCCUGCAUCUGCGAGAUCGGCAUCCUCAUUGCAUCCCUCGACGAGGUGGCCCCCAUCCUCUCCAUGUUCUUCCUGAUGUGUUACAUGUUUGUGAACUUGGCCUGUGCAGUACAGACGCUGCUGAGGACACCCAACUGGAGGCCACGCUUUCGAUAUUAUCACUGGACACUCUCCUUCCUGGGCAUGAGCCUCUGCCUGGCCCUCAUGUUCAUCUGCUCCUGGUAUUACGCCCUGGUGGCCAUGCUCAUCGCUGGGCUCAUCUACAAGUAUAUUGAGUACCGCGGGGCGGAGAAGGAGUGGGGUGAUGGGAUCCGAGGCCUGUCUCUCAGUGCUGCUCGCUAUGCCCUCCUACGCCUGGAGGAAGGGCCCCCGCACACCAAGAACUGGAGACCACAGCUGCUGGUGCUGGUGCGUGUGGACCAAGACCAGAACGUGGUACACCCACAGCUGCUCUCAUUGACCUCCCAGCUCAAGGCAGGGAAAGGCCUGACCAUUGUAGGCUCCGUUCUUGAGGGCACCUUUCUGGACAACCACCCCCAGGCCCAGCGGGCAGAGGAGUCCAUCCGGCGCCUGAUGGAGGCGGAGAAAGUGAAAGGCUUCUGCCAGGUAGUGAUUUCUUCCAACCUGCGUGAUGGCGUGUCCCACCUGAUUCAGUCUGGGGGCCUCGGGGGGCUGCAGCACAACACCGUGCUGGUUGGCUGGCCCCGCAACUGGCGGCAGAAGGAAGACCAUCAGACCUGGAGGAACUUCAUCGAGCUGGUCCGGGAAACCACUGCUGGUCACCUGGCGCUGCUGGUCACCAAGAACCUUUCCAUGUUUCCUGGGAACCCCGAGCGCUUCUCCGAGGGCAGCAUUGACGUCUGGUGGAUUGUGCAUGACGGAGGUAUGCUCAUGCUGCUGCCUUUCCUGCUGCGGCACCACAAGGUCUGGCGGAAAUGCAAGAUGCGAAUCUUCACGGUGGCCCAGAUGGAUGACAAUAGCAUCCAGAUGAAGAAGGACCUGACCACAUUUCUGUACCAUUUACGUAUCACUGCAGAGGUCGAGGUGGUGGAGAUGCAUGAGAGCGACAUCUCAGCCUACACCUACGAGAAGACAUUGGUGAUGGAGCAGCGGUCCCAGAUCCUCAAACAGAUGCAUUUAACCAAGAACGAGCGGGAGCGGGAGAUCCAGAGUAUCACAGAUGAGUCUCGCGGCUCAAUCCGGAGAAAGAAUCCAGCCAACACUAGGCUCCGCCUCAACGUCCCAGAAGAGACCGCUGGUGACAGUGAGGAGAAACCAGAAGAGGAGGUGCAGCUGAUCCAUGACCAGAGUGCUCCCAGCUGCCCCAGCAGCUCACCGUCCCCGGGGGAGGAGCCCGAGGGGGAGGGCGAGGCAGAUCCUGAGAAGGUGCACCUCACCUGGACCAAGGACAAGUCGGUGGCAGAGAAGAAUAAGGGCCCCAGUCCCGUCUCCUCUGAAGGCAUCAAGGACUUCUUCAGCAUGAAGCCGGAGUGGGAGAACUUGAACCAAUCCAACGUGCGGCGCAUGCACACCGCCGUGCGGCUGAAUGAGGUCAUCGUGAAGAAAUCCCGGGACGCCAAGCUUGUUUUGCUCAACAUGCCUGGGCCUCCCCGCAACCGCAACGGUGACGAAAAUUACAUGGAGUUCCUCGAGGUCCUCACCGAACACUUGGACCGGGUGAUGCUGGUCCGCGGCGGCGGCCGCGAGGUCAUCACCAUCUACUCCUGAGAACCAGGACCUGCCCCCCGGGGCCCCAGAGCGCCCGGCCCGCGGCGGCCCCGGAGCCCUGCCGCGCCCCCCGCCGCUGUCACCGUUUACAUUCAGACCCCGUGCCCGCGCCCCGGCCCCUUUCCCCGCUUCCUGAGGUCCGGAGGCCGCGUCCAUCGGGGUUGACUCGGAGAGGCCCUCCCUCCACGCGAACACCAGAGCCCCGGGCGCCCCGUUGGCGCGCCGCCCUGUCGCCCCGGCUGCGCUGCCCUUUUUCUAAGCCGGGCCUCGCCUCGCCGGAGGAGACGCUGCAAUAAAGGGCGGGAGGAGGCGCGGACGGGAGCCGGGGCUUUGAGGACCGCCAGGUAGCCCGCGCGGCCCCCGCCCCGCCCCGCGCGCCCCGCCCCUCCCGGCCCUGCUCUGCGCCCCUCCCGGCCCUGCGCUUGGCUCCACGCGGCCCGGCGGGCGCGGGGUGGGGCGGCCGCGCUCGGCCUCCUCUGCCGCCCCUCCUCGCGGAGCCUUGGGGCGCGGGGCCGGCCGAGCCUGUACAUAGUGUACAGGAGACAUCGCGUGUAUUUUUAACGUCCCCAUAUUUCUGUGACUAGACGCGCAACGGACUUCUCUCGCUACUGUCGAGCUCCCCCCUCGCUGGGGGCGCCCGGGGCGGCGGAGGCCUCGGGAGGCUGCGUUUUCCUGGACGUCCAUGAGUAUGAGAGCAAAAGUGCUUUAGGCCCAGGCGGGAGUCGUGGUCCGGUCCUUCGACACCCUCGCCCCGCUCUCUCCUCCUCGCCCUUUCCGCGCGCCCUUGGCUCCGACCCUUUCCUCUAGUUCUUUUCGGAGAUGAGGUGAGACGAGUGUCCAGCUUUUCCUGGAUUCGCCUCCCAGAGGAUGUGAGCUUCCACUGCGGCUGCAGAGACGCGCGCAGCCUUUUCUCCUCUGCUCUUAUGCAAGCUGGGGCCAGGAUGGGGUAGGGGGACGCUCCUCAGGGGGAGAAAGGGAGAGAGGCCUCGCCUCACCCGUGCCUUCGCUGGGGGAGCAGGCGUCUCUCCUCAGUCGGCUUGUCGCCUGCUCCCCCAUCCCAUGGCUCCUCGCCAAAGACUGAAAUCGGGGAGCUGGAGGGCGUCCCCUCCCCCGAGUUUCUUCCCUGGGACAAGUGAUGGAGGACGGGGGCGAUUUUGGUGUAGGGGCCUUACUUACGGGGAGGCCCCAGCGCGGCGCCUGAUGUUCCCUCCCCCGUCCCCAUCCGGCAGCUGGCAGCUCCAGCGUCGGGGACCGAGCCACCUUCUUCGCGUCCCAGGGCGGGCCUCGCUGCUUAGCAGCGGCCUCUAGCUGCGUCUCGCAGGCACCUGGGCCUGGGGAAGGGCUGGAGUUGCCAUGUGCUUUGUUCUUAGAGCCUCUCUGCCCUCCUCCAACUAGGACCCAAGGCCCUUUGGCUUCUCUAACUCCAGUCCUUGGCGCUUCUACUCCACCGGCCUGGGCAGAGGCGCCCUCUAUCUCCACAGAAGGCGCAUUGGCCAGGUUCCCUUCCCCCAGGGCACAUUACUAAGGGGGACAGGCACUGCAUGCGCAGUCCAGCACCCUCUGGGACUGGGUACAGUACCUCCAGCCCCAGCGCCCUGAUCUCCCCACCUAGACAUCCUGCCCACUUCCCAGAGCUGGGGCUACUGGGGACUUUUGAUCUCACCACCUCCUUUUCUUUGAGCCCAAGGCAGAGAGCUGGAGCUGGUGCCAUCUAGACUGGGUCAGGUGUGGUUGGAGGUAGGUCUGGAUGUAGGCUAAGGCCCCUCUGAGAUUUGAUCAGGAGCUGGAUAGAUUUUUCCAGGUAGUCAUCAGGAAGUUGGAGAUACUAGACACCAGCCCCCCCUCCCCCACAGACCGCUGAGAAUCGCAGCUGGGUCUUGCCUUCCACAGGCCUGACCAUUCGGGCUGAAGUGCUGGGCUGGGCAGAAGCGGGAGGGGGCUGCAUCAACACCAAUUAGGGAACCAAAGUUGCACUGUCGGGUUGGCAAGAGCAGUUUCCGUUGAUGAAAACAAACAUCCCACAACCACCACCCAAGUUUUCUGUUACAUGUGCAAUAUUUGUUAUGAAUGUUAUCACGUCAUCCAUCAAAUUAUCUUUAUAAUCAUUGUAGCUAGAUGUUUCAUGUCCAUCCAAGUGACUUUUACUCUGAGUGCAAUAUUUCAAUAGCCUUGUAGUGGUAACUAGUGUUGCUUUCGUUUUAGAUAUCUACGUGCAGGGCAAUGCAAUGAAGUUGAAAACCCUUGUAAAUAGGAGAGGUUGCAAACCAAAUCAAGAGUAUUUAUUACUAUUAUUAGGCCUGCCUUUAAUUUUCAGUGUGUUUCAGUAUCCUGCAUUCUGCCUCAGUAUUGAUCUUGUGUUUUUUUGUGCCAAUAUGAAAAGGAGAGGGUUGGUUCUUUCCUUUAUUGUUGAAUGCUCCCAUUUAAUGCUUUACAGCUUUUACUGUAUUUUUUAGAUUCCCGUCUGCACAAAAUGCAAUAAAAAUAAUUUUAUUAUACCCUU